AUGAGCGCAUUCAGCACUCCGACCUCGCGGCCGCGUCAGUGGUCCUCGCCGUCUUUGGGACCCAAAGCGGCAUUGUCUGCUACCAGUACGCCUCUCCUGGAUUCCCUUCAAGGCAAUGACGAUGAGCAAGAGCGACGUCAGAGGCGGAGGUCCAAAGUCACAGACCUUCACGGGAUAGCUGACUCCUCCAUUAACGAUUCUGUGGGUCACAGUGCCACAGGGACCCCUGCUGCAGUGCCCAAACUGUCAACUGCUCAAAUCUCAGAGCAUUACUCUACUUGCAUCAAACUGUCAACAGAGAAUAAAAUCACCACUAAGAAUGCAUUUGGAUUGCACCUCAUUGACUACAUGGCAGACAUUCUUAAGCAGAAGGACUCUGAACUCAACUUUAAGGUGGCCGCGGGCACGCUGGAUGCCAGCACUAAGAUUUAUGCCGUCAGAGUGGACGCGGUUCAUGCUGACGCAUACAGAGUCCUUGGGGGUCUGGGUUCGGAGACCAAGCCUAAAGAAGGACAGGAUGCUGGAGAGGAGGCUGAGGUCGUAGAGGGCAGUGAGGGAGACCAGGCUGCGGUUAAGCAGGCUCCUAAGAAGAAGAGGCCGCCAAAGAAAACGGUGGAACAGAAUCUGAGUAACAUCAACCGUUCCGAGUCAGAGAUGAAGUGUGAGGUGGAUCCCAUGUUCCAGCGUAUGGCUGCGUCUUUCGAUGAGAACAGCACGGCUGGAGUGUUUUUGUCUGUGCUGUUUAGUGAGGACAACCGUUGUGAAUUACGUUUCCCGUCGCACAUGACUCUCCUGCGCUCUCAGUCCCCCUGUACAGCAGUCCCCACACAACAUGCUCCUGUCCAGUCUUUUACAGAGAAUCUGAAAGCACUGGAGGAGAGACCAAUCUGUCCAUCCCUAGAGGACUUUUCUUUCACUAGAUGGACACCUGAUCAGACUAUAAACCAGAUGCUGGAGAAGAUGAAGCAGGGAGAACACGCCUUUGACGUGAAUGCGGACGUAGAGCCGGACGCGGAAGAGGAGGUUCAGGACUUCGGGGACCAGUUUGACGCAGACGGAGAUGACGGAGGGCUGGAGGACUAUGGGGGGCAGGGGGACGCAAAGGAGCACAAAGAUGCCUGCGGGCUGUCAAGUCCGUCCAAGGGCCGAGGAGUAAUUCCAAUUGGGGAAGGUGACAUCGCUACAAUGUGCCUUCAGUUGUCUUCUCAACCCAGAGAAUACUCCUAUUUCAGUCCCAGAACCAUGGCAACAUGGGUCGGACCCGGCUACUGGCUUUUCAAACCCGGUCACAAACAGGAUCAUAUGCCAGAGAAGGAGCCGCGGAAGAGGGCACCAAAAGCCCCUUUUGCAAUUGACUUCAAUGAAGAUAUUCACUUUCACAAUUAUUUCCGUACCACCAGAGCAGCCACCACCAUCAGUAAGUCUGCCCUGAACAGCAACAAUAAGAAAACCACACUACCAGCAGAUUUCCAGUACCCCCUCAGUGCCCUAUCGCAGCUCAACAUGAAACCCUCCAACACGCUGUCUGCAGAAGGAAAGAAGAGGUUAUCAGGGGAAAUGGGUGAUGGCAUCGGAGAAUACGAUUACAAUAACGCCAACGACACAGCAAACUUCUGCCCUGGUGUGGAGGGAGCAGACAGCGACGACGACUGCGACGCCUUUGCAGGAUCAGACGACUCGCAGCCGGCGAUCGAUGGUGCGAAUCCAGGAUCUCCCAAUCUUGCCAACGUGUCCACAUACGGUGAGGACUGCCUGGUACCAGAGCCAUAUAAGGUAAACACGAUUGAGAUCAACUAUGCCAAGACAGCCAAGAAGAUGGACAUGAAGAGGCUGAAAAGUACGAUGUGGGAUCUUCUCACUGACAGCCCUGAAAAACCAACCCAGGAGUCAGCUAAUGAACAGACAGCAGAAGUUUCUGGAGAGAAGUCAUUCAGCCAGUCCACCAGAACUUUGCUCCAGAGGCUUCCUGCUUCCAUGGCCAACAACCUGUCAGUUCCUUUGGCAUUUGUGGCUCUCCUGCAUCUGGCCAAUGAGAAGAAUCUGGAGCUUCAUAAAGUGGAUGACAUGACAGACAUCAUCAUAAAACAAGGCCUUUGA